UAAACCCCCAAACCCUCCCAAAGCGCGCUUCUUCCACUCGCUCGCUCUCUCUCUCUCUCUUCUUUUUGAAUGCUAGGGAUCUAUAUAUAAAAAAGCCUUGGCGAAAGCGGAGAGGAGCCUUUUGGGUUUUCGAAUAACCAGAGCUCAGAUCCAUAAAUCUAUUCUCUCUCUCUCUCUCUCGUAUUAUUGAAGGUUAUUCCUGAAAGCCCGCAUUCAAAUUUGUAACUUAUUAAUUUGUUCUCUUCAACAAUUUUGGUAAUUGACUGUUACCUGCUCGAUUUUUGGUCUCAAAGAAUGGACUCUCUCCCUGAUGCACUUGUUCAACACAUCUUAUCGUACAUCAACAAUUCCAAGGAUGUGGCAGUUUGCAACUGUGUCUCUAAGCGGUGGAAAGACUCAUUGCCUUAUAUUCGUAGCCUUUACUUUGCACGGAACUCUUUUGACAAUCUUUCUGGCCAGGAAAAUCCUGACAACAUUGUGUGGAAGAUGAUAUCAUCAAUUGUUAGACUAGAGGAGCUUGUCGUGUAUAGCCCAUUUUCUGGUGUUGGCCUUGCUUCAUGGCUUUCACUUUUAGGCCCAUCCCUCCGGCAUCUGGAGCUCCGAAUGGAUAAUCUUGUUGAACAUCAGGUCUGUAAUGACUCAAAAUUAGAUUGCAUUAGCGCUGCAAAGAAUUUGGAAUCACUAAAACUUUGGGGUGUGUUAAUGACCCAUUCCCCCAAGUGGGAUGUCUUCCAAAAUCUCUGGAACCUUGAAAUUGUUGGGGCAAGAUUGGACGAUCCUUCAUUAUCGGCUGCACUUCGAGGGUGUCCUAAUCUGACCAACUUGUUGCUGCUUGGUUGUGAAGGGGUUAGAUUGGUUUCGAUUGAAUUGCCACAUUUGAAGCAGUGUAAGCUGGAUUUUUAUGGCUUGGGUAACUGCCAACUUUCUAUCACAUCCCCCAAAAUUGAAUUCCUUGAGGUGCAAGGUUGUAGUUGGAUUAGGGUUCAUGAGACAAAUUGUUUGAAGAAUCUUUCAAUUGCCAAUAAUUCAGGGAAAGUCUACAGGGUGGAUUUUGGGAAACUUGAGGCUCUCGAGUUCUUGUCCAUUAGAGGAGUCCAGUGGCGUUGGGAUGCAGUAAGCAAUAUGCUUAAAUGGGCAAGUGAGGUGAAGCAUCUCUACAUGAAGGUUGAAUUCACUGGGGAUUCUGACGCCCUUCAACCCUUUCCGGAGAUCGACUUAGUUGAGUUUUUUAACAGUCACCCCAAAUUGCAAAAGUUCGAUAUCCAUGGUGCCAUGUUUGCUGCUCUUUGCCAGAAGAACAGCCUAAAACAUGUGGAUUCAGGAUUUGUAAUUCUAUCUCUGGAGGAGCUGGUGAUUACGGUGAGAUCACCCCUAAAUGCUGAACAGAAAAUGAGCACUCUUGAGUCCUUGUUGAAGUAUGGGAAGAAUUUGAAGUCAAUGGUAGUAAAGAUUUUGCAGAUGAAGAGCAAUCAUAGCAGUGCUGAUGAUUUCUUUGACGAGAUUUGCAAGUUUAGAUACAUGAACCGCAAGAUUGUUCGAAUAGAAUAAAGCUUACAGGGGCAAUUCCUCUCAUUUUCCCAUUUAGUUUGAACGCUUUCAAUUGAUUCUCUGAUUACAGCUUGACUUGUGAUCUGAUUUUAACUUUACUCGUUCUUUAACGAAUGGGGUUCAUAAUAUGCAUUGUUUUAUUAACUUCCAGCUUUUGAGUUAUGAUUUUGCUGUCUUUCAUCUUCUGAAUUUGAAAAGCGGACUUUUCUGAGUGGUAAAGUUUAUAAGUGUCCUAUAGGAAAUUAAAUUAACAACUAACCAGGCCCCUAAACUAAAAGUUUUUGUCCUUCUAGCUUCUAAGCAUGUGCCUGAACCGAUGGUCUGUUUGCAUUGACAAGUAAACCAAUUAAUCUAUUUAGAUGAUGUUGUUGCAGAAGCUACAGACUUGAGGUACUAGUUCUAUUUAGAGAUAU